AUGGCCUACCCAGCCCCGUCAAGGCCUGCUCAAAGGCCGCCGCCUUUGAGGCAAUAUAACCAGUCCCCGGCCUCGCCAGUAGUACCCCCCGGCCCCUACGCGCAAGAUGCGCGCUUCGGACCCGAUUAUACCGCUGCAGGCUACGCACCUGAGCCAGCAUAUGAAGACCCGGCCUACGGUUACUCGAAUUCUCCAAUGUCUCCCCCGAAUGCGUCAGCGCAACCGCGAACAAUGCGCCCGCCGCCGCAGGGCGGACGACCUCCAGUCGGAGAUGAUGACCGGCGCGGCUACCCUGAAGGAAGACCGCCCUCAGAAAAGCGCUCAAGAAGUGGUAGGUGA